AUGGAGAGCAAUAAGCAGCAUUUUCGUCAUAUUUUACUUUUUUACUAUAAAAAAGAUGCAUCACGUUCUGGAAGGCCGGUUGAAGCUGAUAAAGACACGAUAAAGGCAUUAGUUGAUGCAAAUCGGCGAAUAACAACACGUGAGAUCGGUGAGAGAUUAAAUUUAUCAAAUUCAACUGUUUAUGACCACUUGAAAGGUCUGGGUUUAACCUCGAAGCUCGAUAUAUUGGUUCCCCAUGUUCUCACGGAGAGAAAUUUUUGUCGUCGUGUUGACGUCUGUGAUUCGUUUCUCAAACGUCACGAAAAUGAUCCAUUUUUGAAGCGCAUCAUUACUGGGGACGAAAAAUGGGUUGUAUAUAACAAUGUCAAACGCAAGAGAUCAUGGAGUAAAAAAGAUGAACAGGCUCAAAGCAUUUCCAAAGCCAAUAUCCAUCAAAAAAUGCUGGACAAACUGAAUGAUGCACUUCAACAGAAAAGGCCAGAAUUAAUCAACAGAGAAGGUGUAGUGUUCCACCAAGAUAAUGCGAGACAUCAUACAAGUUUGGUCUCUCGCCAAAAGCUUUUACAGCUUGAAUGGGAUACAAUGCUACAUCCACCAUAUUCUCCAUAUCUGGCACCUUCGGAUUAUUAUUUGUUCCGGUCACUGCAAAAUUUUUUAGACGGUAAAACCUUCACUUCAAAUGAGGAGAUUAAAAACCACCUCGAUCAGUUUUUUGCCAGUAAAGACCAAAAAUUUUAUGAGCGUAGAAUCAUGCUAUUACCAGAAAGAUGGCAAAAGUUAUUGGACCAGAAUGUAGAAACAUUGCCAGACUUGAUAUAA